GACAAGAAGCCGAAGUAAUGGUCACCCGAGGGCCGAAAGCCGAGUGUGUGCUGGGUGACUCCCAACUCAAGCUCAAGCUCAAACUCAAGUUUUGCCUCCACGAGUCCACGGAGGCCACAGCCCACAGUCCACAGUCCACACCGGAGGGAAGUGUUUUAGGUAGAAGUGAAGUGCCAGCAGCAAUGUCUGCAUGGUAUUGCCUGCGCAGGGUAACCCCAGCACACCCGAGAAGCUUUGCCGCACCCUUCCCAGUCGCCAACAGCAUCACCAGGAGGAAAAGCAACAAACCAACACCAUUACCUGACAAGGGUGCUUCAGUAAAGAAUAACUCUGGACAACCUACAUUGCCAAACCCUUGUGAGUUGAGGGAUCCACAAAGUGAUAUGCAAGUCCUACCUCCCACCACCUGCUGUGGCUCAGGCUGCCCCAACUGUGUGUGGGUGGAGUAUGCAGAGAAAUUAGCAGACCUUUACUGUGAUGGGGGACUAGAAGCAGAGAGAACUAUUGAGAGGGAUGUGACAGAUCCCAACCUGAAGGCUUAUAUCUUAAUGGAGGUGAGACUAAACACUAGACAGAAAAAGUGAGAUAAAGUUCUUGAAAAUUAGUAGUAGUCUUAAGACUCUUAAGAGAGAAGCAGCUAGAAUUAGAGAGACUUAACAGCCAAGUCACUCUGCUCACCAAAAAAUUAUGAGUACAGUAUGUACCUGACAACUGACAUUGAAGAGAACCACCAUGUACCAGGAGACUGAUUUCUGUUCUCUGCUCCAGGUUUGGCUCCAUGUAAGGAUACUUGUAUAAAGAGCAAAACUGUGAGUGUGCUUGAUAUAUUUAUAUAAAAAAAAACGUUAUUUAGGUGAAAUAUACAUUAUAAUUAUUAAUUUAUGAGAAAA